AUGUUUACGGCUUCGAGCGAGGGCGGUGAUGAUGGCGAUAUCACCAAAUUUGGAGAUUCGACGGACUUGGUUGUUAGUCCUCUGGCGAAGAAGCCGAGGCUAGAUCUGAAAGUGGAGGCGGAGGCGGAGGCGAAGGUCGAACCAGAAGUACGAAUUCUCCGGCGACCGGAUCUGAGCGACCCGGAUUAUAAGAGACAGCGAGAGAUGUAUUUUGAGCAGUAUGAAAAGAGCGAGGGUUACGAUGUGGACUGGGAUAGUAUUACUUACGACUUCGCUGCCGUCAAAUUCGAAUGGGGAGGAGAUUUCGAUGAUGUUAUUAGCAACGAUGAGUUACUCAAACGUCUCAUAGAGAGUGCCAUCGGAGAAGAGAACGAAGAAAACGGAACACAACUCGAGUUUGUCAAGUAUGUGAGCGCAAAUGUAAUAGGCGUCCAAGGUUUUCUGUUUUUUAUAACAUUUUGGGCCAAAGAUGUUUCCUCACCAGAUCCAGAGCCAAAGCUUUACCAAACUAAGGUGAGGAAGUUUAUGGAUGAGGACAUUGUGGUUGACUUCAGGCUAAGGCCAACACAAGAACUAUUUGGAUCUAUUCUUACACUAAACAUGUAAAAAUGGCUUCAUCUCCUCUUCUAAUCUCCUCUUCUUCUUCUUCUCCUGGGCAUGUCAGUGUCUUUUAAACCAAUUCAGGCUAAGGCCAACACAAGAACGAUUUGGAUCUAUUCUCACACUAGACAUGUAAAUGGCUUCAUCUUCUUCUUAUAAUCUCUUUUUAUUCUUCUUCUCCUGGCCAUGUGAUUACGACGUCAAUGAACUCCUUGUGUGGAAUCAUUUUUUUUUUUUACUUCUUACGCAACUUUAAUGUAAUGCCCUUAUUAAAAUUAACGUGUUAAGACUUCAAUAACUACCAGCUUAGCCCAUAGGCAGAAGCUAAACAUCAAAUUCCAAGUCAAGGAAUCCAGCAUUGUUAUUAGAUUUAUUUUAAAUAGUCAAAUAUAUAUUGGAAGAAGUUUUGUUGAUCUUUU